AGAGCAGAGAAGAGAGAGAGGGGGCGCACAAAAAGUGAAGCAGAGAGGGAGAGAUUUUCAACGAAUUCAGUUUCAAUUUGUGUAAAUAUCGGAGUGUUUUUUGCAGUUUUCAUCAAUUUCAUUUCUUCUGAUUCCUUUCAUUCCGCCGGCGACAAUGGUGGAAAUCCGGUGAAUUUUGAGAUUCACGGGAGGACGAUUGCAGUGAUGGAGAGGAACAGAGAUUCACGAAGAGCGACUGUCUCCGCCGCUAAUUGUUUGCCGAGAAGGCGGCAAAGGAUUACUACUCUCAGAGAUUCAAUCGACGAGGAUAGACAGAUGGAACUGCAGGAGACCGUGAGGUUAGGAGAUCGAGAGCAGGUAUCGAAGAAGGACCGUGAACGCGAGUUUCCGAAGCGGAGGAGAAUCGAUAGGUCUGCGGCGCAGCAGAGAAGUGAUGGCGGUGAGAGUUGCAGAGAGAACGAGAGUACGGACUCGAGUGACGAAGAGUACUUUGAAGAGGAAGAGGAGACGAGGAUUCAUCAGCAUAAUCGGGUAAAUCAAAUCUCGCCGACGUCUUCUUCUCUGUCAAAUAAUCGCCGGGGCCUCCGUAAGCUCCGGUCGUCGCCUGUCCUGAAAUCCGCCGCCGAUGAAAUGUUCGGUGUUCCUGUACCUCGAAGAGCUCGCUCUUCUUCGGCGAAGAGGUUGCAAGAGUACUGCAGUCCAGCGAGCGGCGGCUUCGGUGAGGACUUGAGCCUACGGAGAAUUUCACCGUUGCGAACGGCGGUGAGUCUGAUUGGUUCUGGUGAAUCGAUGAAGAAGAAGAUGAAAUCUUCAGAGCGAAAAAUGCCGAUUUCAAAUCCCAAGCAGUCGGCGAUUGAAGAUGACAUUGAGAUCGAGGUUGCUGAAGCUCUGUUCGAUCUGAUGAAACAAUCUCAGUCGCAAUCCCAAUCCCAACUCCAAUCUUCGCAAAUACAAAAUGUUGACAGAGAUAGAUUAAUCCCAUCCAGCGACGAGUUAAAGAUGUCUAAAGCUGAUUGUGGCAAGGAUGAGAAUAACGCCUUUUCAGUUCAAAACGAGCCAUCAAAAAAAGUGAAUGCGGGAAGAGAUAUGGGCGACUCGAUGAAAGAGCUAAAGAGAGAUGGAAGAAUUGAGAAAGAGAGAUUUACGGAUGACAAAGCAGUGAGUGUAGAUGGGUUUGUGAAUAAAGUUAAAGUGGGGUCUCCAAAAGAAAGCGAAUCGCCAUCAUGUGUUAAAGUAAAUGGUUGUGAUAUUCAGGAUCCGACAGUGACAAAAGCGCAUUAUGACGCAAUUAUUGUUGAGGCUAAGAAGGAAACUAAGCUGGAGAUUGAUUUGAUGUCAUCUCCCUUGCUCUCUUCGCCGGAGGGAGAGGGAUUGGUGGAUAUGGGGACUCAUCGUGGCGUUAUGGCUCACGCUGUUCAAAAGAAGAGUGAGGUUGCUGCUAAGGAUCAACAAUUAAAUCUUGAUGUCGAGAAGCAUUGCAAUCAGCAGCCAGGUCGGAAGGAGGACAACAGUCAAUCACCAACUUCCUUGUUGCAUUUCCCUAUUGGUAUGAAUAGCUGGCCUGGUGUUCUUCCUCAUCCAGGAUUUAUGCCGCCUCUGCAAGCUAUGCCUGUAAAUGGAAUCGCAAAAUCAUCAAUGAUAAUGCAGCCCCCUCAAUUUAAAUUCUCCCAGCCUCGACCAAAGAGAUGCGCCGCACAUCAAUACCUUGCGCAAAGCAUCCAUUGCCACCAGCAGCUCAUCAAGGAGUCUCUGUCAACUGGUCCCGCUGUUUUGUGUGGAAGCAAGUCACCGACCCUAAAAAAUACAGCACCAGCACAAAAUUUCUUCCCUGGAAACCCGUUUCUCCGAGAGUUUCAAGGAGGGAAGAAUUUGGCAAUUGAGUCUGUUGGAAGUGGAAAAGAUAAGAGCUCUGAUGCUGCCGUGGCUUUAAAUGCCACAAGCACUAAGUCCUUGCUUCAACAAGCUUCACAACCAGCCUCAGCUUCUAGUUUCUUGCAUGGCCACGGUUUUUGGUUGCCAUUUGGGCACCAUCAAGCAACAAUGAUGGCACCUGUCAAUUCUUCUGGAUCUCCCCAAUCUGCAACCUCAGCUGCAAAUGCUACUUUGCAGUCUACUUCAGCUGGGCGUCUUCCGAUCAACUUUCCUUCACCUAAUGCAUCAACUGGUUUGAGCUUGAACCAUCCAAUGUUGCCUUCAAAUGAAUCUUCCCCAUACAUGGCCAUACUAAAGAACAUUCCAAUGCCAUCCUUUAAAGGAGGAUCACCCUCGAUGCCCUUCUUUAACUCCUCUUUAUAUCCUUCCCUAACAUUUAAUCAGCAGCAGUUCACCACUUCUCAUGCUUCAGCCCAGUCAGCUUCUCCGAAUACGAACUUGUCUUCACACAAGCAACCACAGUCCAGUGCUAAAACCAGUGAGAAUAAAUUCCUUACUUCAGUAUCUGCAAGUCUGCAGUCAGAGAAAUCGGUCCAGCCUUCCUAUUCGUCCAGCAAGUCUAAUGCGGAGGUUAAUUGGAAAAAUGGUGCAUCGCUUGCUCCUGGAUUUAUAUCUCACUCUGCAAAACCUAGUAAUUCUCCACAACAAAUGAACUAUGCAAUGUAUUCACCUACAUCGGUAGGUAGUGGUGCUGCUGGCAAUAAGCAGAUUGAUCCUCCUCAACAGGGUUCCAAGGGUAGAGUCGAGCUUCCUCAGGCGUAUGCUUUCUCUUUCGGUUCAUAUUCUUCUGCGACCCCAGUGCUGAACUUCUCAUCCAUGGCGCAGAGCUCUGGUAUGUUCCAUAUGCAUCCUGACACGUCUCUGAAUGGUAAUCAGAUACACCAGAAGAAUUUCCAGAAUUCCAAAGUGAAGUCCUUAGGCAAUGGUGGUCAGUCUUUUAGCUCAGAGAUAUCAGCCCUCUCCACCAUGGAACCUCCAAAGUUUGAUGCUCGAACUGUUAAUUUUCUUCCAUCCUCCUUCAACGGAAGCCAACCAUUUCAGACGUCUUCUGGUGUUUCUGUCCCGAAUUUUCAGCAGCAUCAGCUGAUUCAACUUCAGGAUCACCAAAUGCAUCAAGUUAAGUCUUCAACUCCUCAUAACAUUCAUGGAUCUUUCCUUACUGGCAUACUUCCGAGUAGCAGCAGCAGCAGCCCUAUGUUCGACUCUCCAUCGUUCCCCAAAUGGGAAAAUUUCCCUAGAAGCGUAGCUCCUGAGUCUGCCACCUCGAACAUUCCUCAGCUGAAAUCUUCUCAAGGCCAAACUCAUAGUAUAAAUUUCGGUAAUGGUCCAAUUCAAGGACAUCAGUUUGUGAUGAAGAGCGAGUCAAGAAAUGCCACUUCUAUUGCCUCAACGACUCCAUCACUACCCUCCCAAGAGGUGGACGGUCAGAAGUCAUCGUCCCCUGCUUGCAGACGGAACGUGCCAUCGAUUCUAAGCGCAUGUCCCAGCCAACUGCCGGAGCUCAAGUACUGAUAGUUUCUUGCAUCCAUGAAAGAGCAGACUUCAUUCACUGCUUCCGCGAUACAUUAAAGCCACUGCAGUUAAUGUGCCGAGGCAAUUCAAAUUUGAAAUUUGGCUGGCGGAAGAAGAUGGAAAGCUGGAAUAUGGUUUGGUUGAAAUUUUUGGAGGGUUGCAAUUUUGAUGGUGUUUAUUUAUCAGUUGGCUUCCCUUUUCAUUCCUCCCCACCAACCCUACUAAUCCGAAUGCGACACUCGUGUGUUGUAUGUAUACACUAAUCUGCUAGAUAUCAUCAAUGAUAUCCAUACAAAAAUUCCAUUCUUUCAAUAAUUUUCUUAUUUGUUUUUUUAUGGCAAGUGGUAUUCUAUAUAAUUAGUCAAAAGAAAGUUUAGGAGGAUGGGUUUUGGUACCUUUUUAUUCUUCAUGUAUAAAGUAAUGUUGACAUUUUAUGA